AUGUAUCCUCCGAUACUAGUGUUAGUGUUAGCGUUAGUGUCCAUCUCCCGCCAAACGUCCGCGCUAGAGCUGCAGGAAGAAGACGGUCGGGAAGGGGACAGUUAUUCGAGUUCCUAUGGAAGCUUGGUGGCGGAUGCCACUAGUACACUUCUCGCAUACGGUGGUAGUACGGGUGUGAUGCAGGGUGAAUCUGCCCCCAUUACCCCCGAUACCCCAGCAGCUGCGUCCUCCGAUAUAUUACCACCGAGUGAUAUGCUGGAUAGCGUAUACUAUCAACCGCACACCAAUCCGGCGCACCAAUAUCGUAGACCGGGAUCGCUCGGUAGUAGCGAGGAAGAUCGUGCCAUAUACCCCGAUAACUUCAACAGUUCAGAGCUGAGCGGGGUUGACGACCAGUACCUGACUACUAGUAGUUCAAUUCCUGACUACGGGUCCAGUUUGCUUACGUCGAGUGAACGAAACGAUAGUGUUGAAUCCGUACAGUCGUCUAGCACAGACAAUGAAGCACGUGCUAGCGCGCCACAGGCAUUCGUGAGUGAACACCAGGAACCGGCUCGUGAAACCCCGGAAGAUCAGCACCUUCACCGGGCGGUACAUCAUCAUUCUCGCGAGGAACCGACGCUAAGCAGCAGAGCUUUGGAGCACCAUCAUCUGCACCAGAAUUUACCCUCGGAGACGACCAAUCAUCUCUACAACGGUGCCGACACCGGUAGCAGUGGUGGAACUGGAGUGAACGACAGUGCCGAACACUUCACCUCACCCGAUGGGGAGAACAAUGUAGAAGACACGCAGGAAGACGAUGUUCUGCAGCUGGCUACCACUACCACGAUUCCCCCGGGAGCUUUACUAGGUACCAGCCCUGAACAGGAAGGUAUAAACGGAAACGUUGAUCAUCCACCGGUCGAUUUGCAUCCUCUGCGACCCACGAAACCAGUCCCAUCAUCUCCUACCGGAGGAAGUGGCUUCGACGAGAGCAAGCUUUCCAAACCGGAACUGUUGGCGCAGCUGAUCGCUGACAAGAACCUCCGGAUGCCGAUAGCUUUUCUCGUUGACACCUCGAACGACUCGCUAGCAUUUACCAAGAAGGUGCUGGAGGCGUCACUUGUACCGAAGUCUCCACUUGAUGCGAUCCUGAUGCGUUACAACGCUACCGGCAUAUCCAAAUCCAUUACUUUCCGUAACACUAAGACCCUGAUGGAGGCGGUCAAUCUACUGCAACCCAGUUAUGAUCGUGGUGGUAGCGAGUAUUACAGUAUAUUACGAACCUCACAAGAGAUACCGUACGAUAGUGCUAUCUUCUUGGCCACCAGUAGAGCGACAACCGACGCACAGCUGUCACGCAUGACAGCGCUCACUCUACUCAAGAAACGAAUUCGGCUCUACGUUAUCUGGUUUGGUGAAGAGAUUCUGGAUAGCAAACAGCAAUUGGAUCAACCAAUGACCAACCAGACGGCACUGCACGAGCUAGCCCACAAAACUGGAGGUCGUGUGAUACACUUCGAAAUCGAUCGAUACUUUGGCAGCAAUCCAGUGUUGACAACCCUGCUGUCCCAGCACGAUCUGCACGGAGCGCAAACCAUUCCGGUCAGCGUCGGGGAGGAUGUGAACAGCUUGUACUUCAAGUUGCACGGUCUCAUCGACCAGGCUACCCUGGAAACGCCCAAUGGAUCUGUGAUCGAUUUAAUUCACGACAAGGAUCACAAAAACCCAACCGAUACAACAUCACUUCUUACUGACAAGGUCAAAUCAGACGAUCCGAAAGAAACUCCUUUGCUGCUGUUCCUGUUAAACCAAACACAGCCGGGACACUAUCGAUUAAACGUAUCGUCUUCAAGUGCACCAGCGAACCUCUUUAACGUUACGAUAAAGUCUGGACCGAUCUAUUGGCACGGAAUUGACACAUAUGAAGUUAGACCAGAUUCAGCAACGGCGCCAGAGCUCUGGGCAAAGGAGGCAGAGGAAUCAAUAAGUAACAAUGUGGAGGGAAACCUAAACUUGGAACAUUACACUGGUGGAAGCUCAAAAUUGCCACGAUCGAAUGGCGAAGAGCACAGGUUUGCGCGCCAAACGGAGUUAACCGAUGAAGAUAGUGGCAUCAUAAGCGGCCGUGCAUCGAUCCAGGCAAUCACUAAGGUUGAUGUUGGUGUUAACUCGCAGCUGAUAGGAGCCCGUGGACAAGCUCUGCAAUUAUACUUUGAAGUUACCAACUACCGACAGACCCCCAUAACGUAUUUCUUCCGCGUCACGGACGAGUUAGCAUUCCUGCGAUCGCUUAAUCCCGGGCAAGUAACACUAAGCCCAGGCCAGUCAAUCCCCGUGACCGUUGCGCUAAUUGUGACAUCAACGGCCGAAAUUGGUUCCCGCGACAAGGUAACUUUCUCCACCACUGGUGUUGAUACGGUGUCACAGUCAGCCUGGGUGACCGUAUCCGAUUCUGCUGGUCUAGCCGACAGUACUCGUCCCUCGCUCUGGUACACCUAUUCCAGUCGUUGCGAGGGCCGAUCAACACCAGCCACCUGUACCGGAGCUUUCUGGACGCUCGAGGUGAUGGCACGAGACUACGAGACUGGACUGAUGCGCAUCUCCUCGAGCCCGGCCGGUCUUCUCUAUAAGACACCUUUUACAGCGGGAACACGGGACGAGGUGAGGGCCAGCUAUACGGCUUCCUGUUGUCAACCGCGCGUAACCGUAACGGCGUACGAUGUCAGUCGAAACGUGCGCAGUCUUAAUCUGGACGUAACAGACAUCUGGCUUAAUGAGGCAGGCAUUGCCGCCGUCGUGCUCGGUAUACUGCUGUUCAUCGCAUUGAUCAUACUGCUCGUGCUGCUCAUACGAUACUGCAUUCGCAAGCGACGGCAAUCGAAAGAGUUACCAAUCUACCGUGGUGGUGAAUCCCUUGGCACACGGCGUACAAAGUGA